UAAUAAAGGAUUACCAUUAUUUCACUAGAAUUAUAAUUACAUUGAUAGUCAAGACAACAAGGUAAUAACACUCUGCAAUGUUACAUAACCAAAAAAAGGUAGAGAAGCAAGAUUGACACCCAAAUCAAGAACCCAAAACUUGUCACCAUCAUAAACCAACAAAAGAGCAACCAAAUCACUCACUAAAAAACCAACAAACCCAACAAACAGAGGGAGCAAAACAUGAAGCCCAACUCCUGAGAUAAAACGAAAACCAAACCAACACCCAAAUCAGUUGCUACUCACCUAGGAGAGUUCGUUGGUGGUGUCGGAUUGCCAAACCGACACCUAAAUCAGUUGGAUUGGUUUUUUUUGUUCGCGAUUACCUUCGGCUUCAUGGUGGAUUUCCGACAAAACUAGUGACGGUUGACAGCGAAUGGUGAUCGGACACUUCUUUUGAAGACAGCGGUGGUUUGAUUGGUGGUUGGACGGAGGAGAUCCAUUGGUGGCCAUGAGAGAUGGACAGAGGAUGUUGCUAGAGAGAGAGGAGAUGUAGAGUGAGAGAGGAGAGAGAAAGAGAAAGAGAGUAGAAAGAGAAGAUUAUGUUUUGUUUUAAUAUUUAAUUUUUUAAAAUUUGAAAAUUUUAUUUAUUUGAAUGGUUGUUUUGUCAUCAUUUGACAUGAUAUGCCAUGUCAUUGUGAAGGAUUUAUGGAUACUAAUCUUAUGGAGGAGAUGACUAUCACUACGGCUUCUCCUAUGGUCCUCAUAUUUCACUGUCACAGCAUCCUAGUCCAUCCUGCUUUCUUUCAAGCAAUCAAUACAUCCUAGUACAUCCUAGUCCUCAAUGCAAAGAUCAAGUACAAUGUCAAAGCUACAUUUGGUUUUUCUGCUACUUCAUCUUGUUCUUCUUCUACAUGUUUGCUUUCUCUUCGCAAACUCUCAUUCAGUGGUUAAGUCCCUUCCAGGGUUUCAGGGGAAACUUCCAUUUUACCUUGAAACUGGGUAUGUGGGUGUUGGUGAAGCAGAGGAUGUGCAGCUCUUCUAUUACUUUGUCGAGUCAGAUGGGAAUCCUAAAGAAGACCCUCUUCUGCUUUGGCUGACUGGUGGCCCUGGUUGCUCUGCGUUGUCUGGGCUUGUUUAUGAGAUCGGUCCAAUUAAUUUCGAAAUUAAUGUGGAGUACAAUGGGAGCUUGCCUAGUUUAGUCCUGAAUCCUAGCUCAUGGACAAAGGUGUCCAACAUAAUUUUUGUCGAUUCACCAGUCGGUACUGGGUUCUCCUAUGCCACAAGCCCUGCAGCUGCUCAGUCAAGUGACUCCAAAAACGUUCACCACUCUUACCAAUUUCUCAUGAAGUGGCUGAUGGAUCAUCCCGAAUUCCUCUCAAAUCCGGUCUACAUUGCUGGGGACUCAUACUCCGGCCUUAUUAUUCCACCUUUAGUUCAACAGGUUAUUAAUGGAAAUCAAGAAGGUUCAUACCCGCCAGUUAAUCUUCAGGGUUACAUUAUUGGGAAUGGUCUUACAGACUCAAGUUUUGAUGACAACUCCAAGAUCCCAUUUGCUCAUGGAAUGGGAUUAAUUUCUGAUGAACUCUAUGAGUCUUUGAAGAGAAAUUGCAAAGGAGAGUAUAUAAACAUAGUCCCAAGCAAUCAGGAGUGUCUGGAAAACAUUCGGGCUUACGACGAGUGUACUUCGAGAAUUAACGCUGGACAAAUCCUGGAACCGUUGUGCGCUUUUGCUUCACCAAAGCCAGGACUGAUGUUUGGGAAAAGAAGAUCCCUCUCAAAGUCCUCUCAAGAUUCCCUCAAAUCCGAACCAUCACUUCCAGAUCUUGGUUGUCAUACUUAUCGAUAUUUUCUGUCUCCUUAUUGGGUUAAUGACUAUAGAGUUCGCAAAGCACUCCACAUACGAGAGGGAACUGUAGAAACAUGGGUGCGCUGUAAUUACGGAUUGCCUUAUAUGAAAGAUAUUCCUAGUAGCUUCCAAUAUCAUGUGAACCUUGCGAAAAGAAAUUUACGCUCAUUAAUUUAUAGUGGUGAUCAUGAUAUGAUGGUUCCAUUUUUGGGAACUCAAGCAUGGAUAAGAGCUCUGAACUACUCCAUAGUUGAUGAAUGGCGGCCAUGGUUCCUUCAAGGACAAGUUGCAGGAUACUCAAGGACUUACUCCAACAAUAUGACAUUUGCGACAGUGAAGGGUGGAGGUCACACGGCUCCUGAAUACAAACCGGCAGAGUGUUUUGCUAUGUUUAAAAGGUGGAUGAAAGAGGAGGCUUUGUGAAUAAACACUAGACGCAUAGCAGAUGCAUACAUGUUCUUGCUCAAAUAAUUGAAGUAUUUUGUUAGGAUUUACGCGCCACGAACUCACGGAUCAAGUUGGGCUCUCUAUUGCUCUUCUUGUUAAAUGUAAUGAAGCUAUAAGAUUUUAAUGAGUGAGAAAUCAUAAGUAUGUUGGGGAAUUA